AAUAUACAUACAUAAUAUAUACACAUACACUCACAUACAUAUUUUUUUUACCAAUUAUACUUGUAAUAUAAAGUUCCACUUCAUGUCUCAACGGUAAAUUCUGAUAUUAAAUUAUGUUAGUCAACAAAGCCUUCGUGUAUAUGUACAUACUAUAUAUGUGUCUACUUUAAUUUCAUAUUUUGCAUUCUGCACAAGCAAGAGAUAAUAUAUCUAUCAUCUCCGGGAUCAGCGUUUCUUUUAAUCUUGUAUUAUACCUCUGUAGAUAGAUAAUAUAUACUUUACGAUUUUAAUUAGAAAUUUAUAGCUGAAACCGCUGCGUAAAAUACUAUAAAACGAUCAAGCGAUGUAUCCAUGGUGACGCUUUUUCACCGUCAUGUGCAAAGAUCUCCGUGUGUUUCAAUCUCUUAGAAUUAUUAUUAGUACUCGUAUAUAAUAAAUAUAGUAUUCAACGCGUGCGAUUAUCAUUUAAAUACGUAUUACACUUAUUUAAAUCGUAAAUUUAAAAAAAUAUGGCAACAGCAAUUAAAGAACGCACAAUUCCUGCCAUGGAUACACUAGUUAAAUACGAUACUCCAGUCUUGAUUACGACUCAUCCAGAGAAGGUACGUAAAGAUACCUCGAUACCGAAAAUUGGUGCUGCAGUUUGUAAAAUUCAAACGACUUCAACCUCGGCUGAUGCACGACGAGAAACUAUGGAAAUCUUAAAUAGGAUCUUGCCACCGAAGGAAUGGGAAGAGGAUGGCCAAAUAUGGACACAACGUGUUUCGAGUACUCCUUCAACAAGAUUGGACGUGAUAAAUUUACAAGAGCAGCUUGAUAUGCGAUUACAACAAAGACAGGCUCGAGAAACUGGCAUUUGUCCUAUUCGUAGACAACUCUAUACACAAUGUUUUGAUGAAUUAAUAAGACAAGUAACUGUAAAUUGCGCCGAACGUGGAUUACUUUUAUUGAGAGUAAGAGAUGAAAUUAAAAUGACAUUGGCCGCAUAUCAGACACUAUAUCAAAGUAGCAUUGCUUUCGGAAUGCGAAAAGCACUGCAAGCCGAACAAGGCAAAGAAAAUUUGAUUAAUACAGCCGAGGAAUUACAAUCGCAAAAAAUCGAAUUGGAAAAAAUGAUUGCGGAAUUGAGGCUCAAAUUCGAUCAAGCUGAAAAAAGAUCCGCCGAAUUAAGGGAAGCGGAGGAAAAGAAACACAUGGAAGAAGUGCAAUUCCUUAAAAAGACAAAUAUGCAAUUAAAGACUCAAUUGGAAGGUAUUAUAGCACCAAAAAAAUAAAAAUUAAAAUGUAAAAAAAUGACAUUGAGAACGUGUGUAAAAUGUAGCUAUAUAUUUAAACAGGACUGAUUUUAUAUGAAAUUCUAAUAAAUGUAUACUUUACAUUUGUGAAUAAACUAAUAAUGAUUUAUUGCAGGU